AUGUCCUCGAAAUGGGAUAAAUGGAGCCGUGUAGGUCUUGAUGUCGCAUCCACGGCGACAAUGCUAGGCUUUUCCGCCGCUAAAGCAGGUACAAAGCUUGGUUUCUCAAUCACGAGGGGUGUCGCGUCAACUGCUGCAGGCUUAACUGGAAGCGUUGUCGACAAUGCGCUCUUCGGGGGGACCAUCGGGGCUGGUCAAAUACUCGGCGGCGCGGUCUCCACGGCCAUAUCUGCGGUUGAGUCUCUUGCUCUUGCACCGAUUCUCAUCGGCGAGUCUCUCACCUCGACCUCUCUGAUUGCCGCGCAUUCCACCUUGUCUGCGCUCACGACUAUUUUCCCCGGGAGCGACGAGGCGAGCUUCUCUCUGGCUAGCUUCGUUCAACUGGUUCGAAGAGAAUGGUCUGAGCCCGUGGACAGGGAUGGCUUGCCAGAAGAAACAUACGGGGUCGUCAAGAUAGCGAAGGCUCUGAUGGGCUGGGCGACCUUGCAAGGCGUCACAAGCGAGUACCAAGAGCGGCGUUGGUUCCAGGUAUUGCGCGAGAUACCCGUUCACGAUGAGGUACAAACUCGGCGCAAUUCCCUAGACACUCCCGACCGCCCCAGAGAGCGCAAGAUAUCUGAUGUCCGCGUCAUGUCUGACGUCGUGUAUCCGAGCCACGGCGGUCAAAUCCUGACAGCUGAUAUUGGCGAAGCACCCACAUCUCCUCUGGGCAAUUCACCGCUCGCGAGAUCUUCUACAGAUCUCUCUACGUCGACACAAAUGAGAGCGACGAAGCAGACUCUGCGACGUUUGUCCAAACUCGUUCUGGGAGGUUACGGUGGACCAAGCCUGUUAUUCUUCGGAGUAUCCCCUUGGCCAGAGUCCGGGCUGGGAUCUAGUGGCACACAGCAGAAGCAAGAGGAGCUCAAGCUGGAACAAGCAGUGAAUGCAGCAGAAGAAGAGGUUCAGGGCAGUCCUCCAAAGGUUGUCGUAGACGAGACCCGACCGGGCCUAGGCAAAACAUCGUAUUCAUGGUGGAAUGUCGCCUUAGGUCGACAUGAUCAUGAAAUCUUCUUGAAUUAUGCCAAAUCACAUACGCACACUCCGGAUGAGUCCUCGGGUUCGUCAGCCAGUGGCGAUACUGAGCCAACAUCUCCUGCACGACCUCCAACUGCCUUCGUUGGCUCCGAGAACAUGAUGCCUCGCUUCUGGGUGCUGACCGACCACGUCCGGCGCGAAGUCGUCCUCGUCAUACGCGGGACGAUGAGUGUCAACGAGCUCGCAGUCGAUCUCACCUGCGAUCCUGCGCCGUUUGAACUUCACUCCUUUCCACCCUCGCCGGCGAGGGGAACGAGCAAGGGCAAAGGAAGAGAGCCGAACACCGCUGAAGAGGACGCGGACGCUGUGUGGAGCGAGUUCGACGAGGAGUUGGAGAGCAUACCAGGAUCGUUCCCAAUGGACAUCUCGACGCCUGCCCCGAGGAAGAAGCCUCGACAAGAAACCCCUACGGAGUCGGAGGGCGGUGGGAAUGCACGCCGUGAAAGAAAGGAGUCAGAGACCACCACAUAUCUUGUGCAUGGUGGCAUGCUGAAGAUGGCGAGGGCGAUGGGCGCUCCUGGAAAGCCUGUGCACGUCGCCGUGCGCGAUGCGCUCAAGCGAAACCGCGGAUACUCGCUCAUCCUGUGCGGACACAGUCUCGGUGCAGGUGUCGCGGCCCUUCUUGCUUUGAUGUGGGCAAAUCCAUAUACUCGCCUCACGCACCAACAUUCGGGAUUGCCCCGGCGGCGCAUGGUGUCCGCAUACUGCCUCGCCCCUCCCUGCCUGACCUCACCUGCACUCAGCAAGAUAGCAGCCGACUCUGGGCUCAUUGUCUCCUUUGUGUACUCGACCGACAUCGUUUCUCGCCUCUCUCUUGGGAGCGUGCGAGACCUCACGCGGUGCGCGGCUUGGCUGUGUAAAGCAGAGGACGAACAUGGCGAGGGAUACUCGAAGGUGACCAAGCGCGCGCUGAGGUGGAAAGCCGGGUAUGGGAAGGAAGGGUACGAAGAUUGGUUCCUCUCCAUGCGUAAGACACUGGAAGCGAACAUGCACAUGACGCAGAUGUUCCCUCCUGGCCGCGUCCUCUGGGCGAUGCGCGACGGUGACCUGCAUCCCGUACAUCGGCUGCGCGACGCCGAAGGUCAACUCAGCAGUACCGAGAAGGGCGCGGAUAAGGUGCGGCUGUUCGAGGUUCUCGACGUCCAGCGCGCCUUCGACCAGGUUGUCUUCGCGCGCGACAUGCUCAGCUCGCAUAUGCCCCACCAAUAUGACCGGGUACUGCACGAGCUGCUCUGA